AUGCGACCGCCAUCGCUCCUCCCGCUAUUCGGGUUUCUCGGCUUAUCAUGCGCCCUCUCAACUGCGGCAGAUAACGAGCCAGUCAAAAAUGCAAAUCACAUUUUCAACGUGAUCCAAGACUCAAUGCGCCAGUGGGGAUCGUCCCUACACCAUAAUGGAGUGUCGUUCUUCCUCGCGAGUGUUCCCGCCGGUACGCAGUUCUACCAUGGAACCUCCAAGGCCAGUCCAGUGAAUGGUACCGAGUGGUUGGCGUUUGAGCCCGAACAUGCCAUGGUCUUCGCCCGGCCGCGACGCGGCCCCCCACCGCAUCUACCGCCCGGCGAUCCCGAUACCGAGCGACAUGAUGGAGGCCAUAGCGAACUGCGGAAGCGAGAACACCAUGAGAAAGAUAAGAAACAUCAUGGCCCGCCAGGUGGUCGCCCGCCGAAGGCAUUCGAUGAAAAUGAGGCCGGGUAUUUGCAUACCUAUGCUGCAGCCAAGGAUCUCCGCCUUUUAUACCUCGACGGUAUGUCUGCUGCCAAGUCAUCGAAGGGCACGCUUGAUUCCCAGGAUGCGGUUCUGUUCGCCGGCUCGCUGGACGACCAUCCGAGUCCGGGUGGACAAGAGAGCGAACGCGCCAGACUAGCCUGUGAGAUGGCCCAGAAUGAAUGGGAGGGUCGCAUCGACGGCGUUCUACGCAUGGAAGCCGGCUUUGAGAUUAUCCUGUGCGAUUUCAAGCGCGAUCUAAUUCCCGUGCGAAUCACGCAGGUCAAGCAAAGCUCCGAGGAACACCGUGGGCAUGGGGAUAACCGUAAACAUGACGACCGGGAUGGUCCUCGCAAACAGGCUGAUGACAAGCACCAUGACGGUCGUGGUCCAAGCAAGGGUGAUGAUGGUAAUAGACACGGGCCCCGUGGCCCCGGUGGUCCUGGAACACCUCCCCCUGGCGGACCUGGAAACGGGCCCGACGCGUCGCGCUGGAUGCGUGCAAUUACCGCACGGUACAACGGGAUCGGUGGAAACCGUGUCUCGCUGAACUUCAACCACUUCGUGACAGCCUUCUCCCACGACGUAGAGCUCUUCGAACACAAUUCAACCCUUCCCCGACUUGUUAACCUCUCUAAUGAAGAGCGCGCUGCUAUCCGUGCCGAAGUCACGGAUCUGGUCAUGACGCAUCAUCCUGCCGAAGUCUGCGAGGACUGGCAGGCGAUUACGGAUAUGAUUGUGACUCGGUAUAGCAAGGAGCUGUCGUACUUUGUUUCCGGUAGCAUUCAUUCAAUUGAGCGCCUGCAAUCUGAGAUUGAGCGUGUUCUGUCUCCAUUCAUUGACUAUAGUGAGCGGGAUGAUGUCGCUGAGAUUGAGCGUUGUGCAACUCAGUUCAUGCCGUCGACAUCCUUUGAGAGUGGGGACAUCGCGGCGCGUGCUGUUUAUGGUGUUGCUUACAAAAUUUGUUCGUCUCUGGUUGAGGCUGGCAAGGGGCCGGAUCUUGAGUCUGCGGUUCAUGUUAUUCGGGAUCUAGUUGGGUAUCUUGAUUGGGCGACCUGGAAGGAGUGCCGGGGUUGUGCGGCGAAUGAGAUUUGUGUUGUGCCUAUCUGGCCGAUGGGUACGGUCCAGGACUAUGAUAGUCCACAGUGCAAGGAUGCAUCGAAUCCAUACGACCAAGGCGGAGAGAGUUACUGGGGUGGAAUGCACCACUGA